GAGUCCAGGUCACGCCGAAGCCGUUGCCCUUUUAAGGGGGAGCCUUGAAACGGCGCCUGGGUUCCAUGUUUGCAUCCGCCUCGCGGGGAGGAAACUCCAUGUUGUAACAAAGUUUCCUCCGCGCCCCCUCCCUCCCCCUCCCCCCUAGAACCUGGCUCCCCUCCCCUCCGAAGCUUGCGGGGAUCCCUCCCUCCCACCCCUCCCCUCCCCCCCGCGCCCCGAUUCCGGCCCCAGCCGGGGGGGAGGCCGGGCGCCCGGGCCAGAGUCCGGCCGGAGCGGAGCGCGCCCGGCCCCAUGGACAGCUCGGCCGUCAUUACUCAGAUCAGCAAGGAGGAGGCUCGGGGCCCGCUGCGGGGCAAAGGUGACCAGAAGUCAGCAGCUUCCCAGAAGCCCCGAAGCCGGGGCAUCCUCCACUCACUCUUCUGCUGUGUCUGCCGGGAUGAUGGGGAGGCCCUGCCUGCCCACAGCGGGGCGCCCCUGCUUGUGGAGGAGAAUGGUGCCAUCCCCAAGACCCCAGUCCAAUACCUGCUCCCUGAGGCCAAGGCCCAGGACUCAGACAAGAUCUGCGUGGUCAUCGACCUGGACGAAACCCUGGUGCACAGCUCCUUCAAGCCAGUGAACAACGCGGACUUCAUCAUCCCUGUGGAGAUUGAUGGGGUGGUCCACCAGGUCUACGUGUUGAAGCGGCCUCACGUGGAUGAGUUCCUGCAGCGAAUGGGCGAGCUCUUUGAAUGUGUGCUGUUCACUGCUAGCCUUGCCAAGUACGCAGACCCAGUAGCUGACCUGCUGGACAAAUGGGGGGCCUUCCGGGCCCGGCUGUUUCGAGAGUCCUGCGUCUUCCACCGGGGGAACUACGUGAAGGACCUGAGCCGGUUGGGCCGAGACCUGCGGCGGGUGCUCAUCCUGGACAACUCGCCUGCCUCCUAUGUCUUCCAUCCAGACAAUGCUGUGAGUGAGGGCUGGACUGGGACUGGGACAGGAGCUGAGACCCAGGGAGGGGUCAGUCCAUUCGGGCCACCUUGGCCUCCUGGAUCCCCAGUUGGGGGGUGGGUGCCCUCCCAGUCCUUCAUGCGUUCAGUUGCCUGUGCCUGCCGCCCACUCCCCUCGUCUACCUGCCCUGCAGCUGUGUGGUCUUUUCCCCUCACACACAGCAGAGCGUCUGCCAUGCACAGGGGCCCCCACAAGGCAACGGAGUUUGGAAAGUUUCAACUUUUCGAAUUGCCAGUUGGCCUACUGAUGGCCCACAGAAUUAAUUUAGUGGGUUCUGAUUGGGAAUUUUAACAAAAUGAAAUAGAAUAGAAAAUAUCCGGUCGGGUGCGGUGGCUCAUGCCUGUAAUCCCAGCACUUUGGGAAGCUGAGGUGGGCAGGUAGCUGAGCCCAGUAGUUCAAGACCAGCCUUGGCAACAUGGUGAAACCUUAUGUCUACAAAAAAUACAAAAACUAGCCAGGCGUGGUGGUGCAUUCCUGGAGUCACACCUAUGCAGAAGGCUGAGGUAUCACUUGAGCCCUGGAGGCAGAGGCUGUGGUGAGCCAAGAUUGUGCCACUGCACUCUAGCCUGGGCAACAGAGCAAGACCCUGCCUCAAAAAAAAAGUAUCCGCGUGGUUUGCACAGAUAAGGUUAAGAAUCGUGAAGCUUUUGCAUUGUUACGUUAUAAAUGUGUUUUCCUGGGGGUUGCUGUCAAAAAAGUUUGAACACUGUGGGUGAGGGGUUUUCAGAAACUGCAUGAUCUGAGUAGUGGCUACAUAGGGCUGGCCUGGAAAUUCUGCACCCAGGACCACCUGCCCCCCUCAUCUUCCUACACCCACUUCCCCAGGUACCGGUGGCCUCGUGGUUUGACAACAUGAGUGACACAGAGCUCCACGACCUCCUCCCCUUCUUCGAGCAACUCAGCCGCGUGGACGACGUGUACUCAGUGCUUAGGCAGCCGCGGCCAGGGAGCUAAUGAGGGUGAUGGGGCCAGGACCUGCCCCUGACCAAUGAUAUCCACACCUCCUCCCAGGAAGACUGCCCAGGCCUUUGUUAGGAAAACCCAUGGGCCACCGCCACACUCAGUGCCAUGGGGAAGCGGGCGUCUCCCCCACCAGCCCCACCAGGUGGUGCAGGGGCAGCAGGCUGCACUGAGAACCGUGAGCUCCAGGCCCCGUGUCAGUGCCUUCAAACCUCCUCCCCCAUUCUCAGGGGACCUGGGGGGCCCUGCCUGCUGCUCCCUUUUUCUAUCUCUGUCCAUGCUGCCAUGUUUCUCUGCUGCCAAAUUGGGCCUCUUGGCCCCUUCCGGUUCUGCUUCCUGGGGGCAGGGUUCUUGCCUUGGACCCCCAGUCUGGGAACGGUGGACAUCAAGUGCCUUGCAUAGAGCUCCCUCUUCCCCGCCCAGCUUUCCCAGGGGCUCAGCUCUAGGCUGGGAGGGGAGAACCAGCCCCUCCCCCUGCCCCACCUCCUCCCUUGGGACCGAGAGGGCCCCUACCAACCUCUGCCCCUGCCUUGGAGGGAGGGAAGGUCUGUUACCACUGGGGAAGGCAGCAGGAGUCUGUCCUUCAGGCCCCACAGUGCAGCUUCUCCAGGGCCGACAGCUGAGGGCUGCUCCCUGCAUCAUCCAAGCAAUGACCUCAGACUUCUGCCAAGCCCUGGGGCUUGGCUCCCCCAGCUCUGAGCGUGGGGGCAUAGGCAAGACCCCCCUUGUGGUGCCAUAUAAAUAUGUACAUGUGUAUAUAGAUUUUUAGGGAAAGGAGAGAGGGAAGGGUCAGGGUAGAGACACCCCUCCCUUGCCCCUUUCCUGGGCCCAGAAGUUGGGGGGAGGGAGGGAAAGGAUUUUUACAUUUUUUAAACUGCUAUUUUCUGAAUGGAACAAGCUGGGCCAAGGGGCCCCAGGCCCUGUCCUCUGUCCCUCACACCCCUUUGCUCCGUUCAUUCAUUCAAAAAAACAUUUCUUGAGCACCUUCUGUGCCCAGCAUAGGCUAGGCCCACUAGCUAAGUGUGUGGGGGGUCUCUACGCCAGCUCAUCAGUGCCUCCUUGCCCACUCUUCACCGGUGCCUUUGGGGGAUCUGUAGGAGGUGGGACCUUCUGUGGGGUUUGGGGAUCUCCAGGAAGCCCGACCAAGCUGUCCCCUUCCCCUGUGCCAACCCAUCCCCUACAGCCCCCUGCCUGAUCCCCUGCUGGCUGGGGGCAGCUCCCAGGAUAUCCUGCCUUCCAACUCUUGUUUCUGAAGCCCCUCCUAACAUGGCGAUUCCGGAGGUCAAGGCCUUGGGCUCUCCCCAGGGUCUAACGGUUAAGGGGACCCACAUACCAGUGCCAAGGGGGAUGUCAAGUGGCGAUGUCGUUGUGCUCCCCUCCCCCAGAGCCGGUGGGGGGGUCGAAUAUGGUUGGCCUGCAUCAGGUGGCCUUCCCAUUUAAGUGCCUUCUCUGUAACUGAGAGCCCCAGUGUGAUGAUAACUAAAGAGAAAGCCAGACCCCCA